AAUCAGUUUACUCAAUUCUUACAUCAUAUUAUCAUGACACAAGCUUCAUUGUCUGUCUCUUCUAGCUUCACCUAUGAUGUUUUCAUCAGUUUUAGAGGAAUAGAUACCCGCAACACUUUCACUGGUAACCUCUACAAUUCUCUUGAUCAAAAGGGUAUUCACACUUUCCUUGAUGAAGAAGAAAUUCAAAAAGGAGAACAAAUAACACGAGCACUUUUUCAAGCAAUUCAACAAUCUAGGAUUUUCAUUGUUGUUUUCUCUAACAACUAUGCUUCCUCAACUUUUUGUUUGAAUGAACUUGCCGUGAUCCUUGAGUGUUCCAACACACAUGGACGCUUGCUUUUGCCCGUUUUUUAUGAUGUCGAACCAUCACAAGUUCGCCACCAAAGUGGUGCUUAUGGUGAUGCUUUGAAAAAACAUGAGGAGAGGUUUAGUGAUGAUAAGGAUAAGGUGCAAAAAUGGAGGGAUGCUUUAUGUCAAGCUGCUAAUGUUUCUGGCUGGCAUUUCCAACAUGGGUCACAAUCAGAAUACAAAUUUAUUGGAAAUAUCGUUGAGGAAGUCACUAAGAAGAUCAAUCGCACUCCUUUACAUGUUGCUGAUAACCCAGUUGGGCUAGAUUAUCCAGUGUUAGAUGUGGCAUCUCUUCUAGGGAUCGGAUCUGAUGAGGGAGCCAACAUGGUUGGCAUUUAUGGAACCGGCGGUGUAGGAAAAUCAACAUUGGCUCGUGCUGUGUAUAAUAACCAACUUUCUGAUCAAUUUGAUGGUGUGUGUUUUCUUGCUGAUAUAAGAGAAAGUACAAUUAAACAUGGUCUUGUGCAACUCCAAGAAACACUACUUUCUGAAAUACUUUGUGAGAAGGAUAUUAGAGUGGGUAAUGUUAACAGAGGAAUUUCAAUCAUAAAGAGGAGGCUCCAAAGCAAAAAGGUACUUUUGGUUCUUGAUGAUAUUGACAAAGCGAAGCAGAUACAAGUACUUGCAGGUGGACAUGAUUGGUUUGGCUCCGGCAGCAAGAUCAUAAUCACUACAAGAGACAAACAUUUGUUGGCUAUUAAUGGGAUUCUAAGUUUAUAUGAGGUUAAACAGUUAAAUAAUAAAAAAUCUCUUGAGUUGUUUAACUGGUAUGCCUUUAAAAACAACAAUGUUGAUCCAUGUUAUGGCGAUAUCUCAAAACGUGCAGUUUCUUAUGCUGGUGGCCUUCCGUUGGCUUUGGAGGUCAUAGGUUCUCAUUUGUGUGGAAGAAGUUUGUGUGCAUGGAAAGAUGCAUUAGAUAAAUAUGAAGAAAUUCCUCAUGAAGAUAUUCAUGAAACUCUUAAAGUUAGCUAUAAUGAUUUGGAUGAAAAAGACAAGGGUAUUUUUCUUGACAUCGCUUGUUUCUUCAACUCUUAUGAAAUGAGCUAUGUCAAAGAAAUGCUAUACCUACAUGGUUUUAAAGCAGAAAAUGGAAUUGAAGUGCUAACUGACAAAUCCCUCAUGAAAAUUGAUGAUGGCGGUUGUGUGAGAAUGCAUGACUUAGUUCAAGACAUGGGCAGAGAAAUUGUGAGGCAGGAAUCAACUUUGGAGCCUGGCAAACGCAGUAGAUUAUGGUUUCAUGACGACAUAAUUCAUGUUUUGGAAGAAAAUACGGGCACUGAUACAAUUGAGGUCAUAAUCAUCAACUUGUGCAAUGACAAAGAAGUGCGUUGGAGUGGAAAAGCAUUCAAGAAGAUGAAAAACCUAAAAAUUCUUAUAAUUAGAAGUGCACGAUUUUCUAAAGAUCCUCAAAAACUACCAAAUAGUUUGAGAGUUUUAGACUGGAGUGGAUAUCCAUCACAAUCUUUGCCAAGUGAUUUCAAUCCUAAGAAUCUUAUGAUACUUAGCCUACAUGAAAGUUGCCUUAUAUCGUUCAAACCGAUCAAGGCGUUUGAGUCCUUGAGCUUUCUGGAUUUUGAUGGAUGCAAGUUAUUGACUGAGCUACCUAGCUUAUCUGGACUAGUAAAUUUGUGGGCACUGUGUCUUGACGAUUGCACUAAUUUAAUCACGAUUCAUAACUCGGUUGGUUUUCUCAAUAAACUUGUGUUAUUGAGUACUCAAAGAUGCACCCAGCUAGAACUUUUGGUGCCCACCAUCAAUCUGCCAUCUCUAGAGACUCUUGAUAUGAGGGGUUGCUCGCGUCUCAAGAGCUUCCCUGAAGUAUUGGGCGUAAUGAAGAAUAUAAGAGAUGUUUAUUUAGACCAGACUUCCAUAGAUAAAUUGCCAUUUUCAAUUCAAAAGCUCGUUGGCCUCCGACGAUUGUUCUUGAGGGAAUGCUUGAGCCUAACUCAGCUACCGGAUAGUAUUCGUACAUUGCCUAAACUUGAGAUAACAAUGGCUUAUGGUUGUAGAGGAUUUCAAUUGUUUGAGGAUAAAGAAAAAGUGGGUUCAAAAAUGUUUCCAAAUGCCAUGCUUGUUUAUAAAGAAGGAAGUCCGGAAUUGCUUGAUAUGUCCUCUCUUAACAUCUGCCCUGAUAAUGCCAUAGAAGUAUUUAGUACUUCAACUCUUGGUAUUAAUGUUGAUUUCAUGAGCAAAGGGAUUCUUGAAGGGAGAGGAAAUUGGUAUCAACAUGAAAGCGACAAAUCAUCCUUACGUUUUUGGUUUCAAAAUAAAUUCCCCAGGAUAACUCUGUGUUGUGCUGUAGAACCUCCUGUGUGUAAAGACAAUAUGUUGUUGGAUUUCAAGUUAAGUGUUCUCAUCAAUGGCACUGAGCAAUUCACUUCUUCAUGCAACUACAUAUUUUCUGCUGAAAAAAUAAUUCUUCUGUGUGACUUAGUGUGCAAAGUGGAAAGAUCAUAUUUAGAGCAUGAAUGGAAUCAAGUAGAUAUUUUAUAUGAGUUUAAAUAUCCUAUGACAAGGACAGCAUCAAGAAAUCCAAGUUGGUCCUUCAUUUAUGCCUAUGAAGAUAACAAAGUGGGUGUCAAAUUUCUGUCCCAGUUUGUGGAAGGGGAAGAGACGUGCAGAAGAUUCACAACAUAUAUUUGGUUUUCUCGCGUCGCAAGGUUUGUUUGUGAACUGAGAAAUGGUUAA